GUUUCGUUUGAUUCUUCUCAACGAAUCCGCGACCGGGUUUACCGAGUUUGACCCUCGAGUUUCGAGGUUAGUGGAUGGCUUCAUCCUCAUCGAGAACUAGAAGCAGUAGACCUCCAAGUCCCGCUUCUUCCACUUCUUCUUCUCAUCUUAGCAACCGUCUCAUUCCUCGUUCUUGUUCUACCUCUGCUUCCUCAUUGAUUACCUCCGCCGCCGGAAUCGGCUCCCGAUCUAUGACGCCUAGUCGCACCUUCUCCGACUCGGGGCUUAUCGGCUCCGGGAGCUUUGGAAUUGGAUCGCCUGUACCUUACCCGUCAGAAGAGCUUCUCGGUGACCCUAUGGAGGAGACUAUUAGCUCUGAGCGGGAUAGUAUUUCCGUCACCGUUCGUUUUCGUCCAUUGAGUGAUAGAGAGUAUCAAAGAGGAGAUGAAGUUGCUUGGUACCCUGAUGGUGAUACAUUGGUCAGGCACGAGUAUAAUCCACUCACAGCUUACGCAUUCGAUAAAGUUUUUGGACCACAAGCAACUACUAUCGACGUUUAUGAUGUAGCUGCAAGACCAGUUGUCAAGGCAGCAAUGGAAGGUGUUAACGGAACCGUUUUUGCAUAUGGUGUGACAAGCAGUGGAAAGACACACACAAUGCAUGGUGAUCAAGAAUCUCCUGGGAUCAUACCGCUAGCAAUAAAAGACGUGUUCAGUAUCAUCCAGGAUACUCCAGGAAGAGAGUUCCUGCUCCGUGUUUCAUAUCUUGAAAUAUACAACGAGGUGAUAAAUGAUUUACUGGAUCCUACGGGCCAAAAUUUACGUGUUAGAGAGGAUUCCCAGGGCACUUAUGUUGAGGGUAUCAAGGAAGAAGUUGUUUUGUCUCCUGGCCAUGCAUUAUCAUUCAUUGCAGCUGGGGAAGAACAUCGUCAUGUUGGUUCAAAUAAUUUCAAUUUGUUGAGCAGCAGAAGUCACACAAUAUUUACACUGAUGGUUGAAAGUAGUGCUACUGGAGAUGAAUAUGAUGGAGUUAUCUUUUCUCAACUCAAUUUGAUUGACUUAGCUGGAUCUGAGAGUUCCAAAACUGAAACAACUGGAUUGAGGAGGAAGGAGGGUUCAUACAUCAACAAGAGUCUUCUAACUCUUGGAACUGUGAUUGGAAAACUUAGUGAGGGUAAGGCAACUCACAUUCCAUAUCGUGACUCUAAGCUAACUCGUCUUCUGCAAUCUUCAUUAAGUGGUCAUGGGCAUGUCUCGCUCAUAUGUACAAUUACUCCUGCGUCUAGUAGUAGUGAGGAAACUCAUAAUACAUUGAAGUUUGCCAGCAGGGCAAAGAGUAUAGAAAUAUAUGCUUCACGCAAUCAGAUUAUAGAUGAGAAGUCAUUAAUUAAGAAAUAUCAAAGAGAAAUCUCAACCCUCAAACUAGAACUUGAUCAGCUUAGAAGGGGUAUGCUUGUUGGUGUCAGUCAUGAAGAGUUAAUGAGCUUAAAGCAACAGUUAGAAGAAGGUCAAGUGAAAAUGCAAUCAAGAUUGGAGGAAGAAGAAGAAGCCAAAGCAGCUCUAAUGAGCAGAAUCCAAAAGCUUACCAAGCUCAUACUCGUCUCUACCAAGAAUUCUAUUCCUGGAUAUUUGGGUGAUCUACCUACUCAUCAGCGCAGUCUCUCUGCGGGUAAAGAUGAUAAAUUCGAUUCUCUACUGUUGGAAAGUGAUAAUUUGGGGUCUCCAUCUUCGACCUUGGCUCUUGUAUCAGAAGGUUCUUUAGGUUUUAACCACAGGCGAUCUUCUAGCAAGUUGAAUGACGAAAACUCGCCGGGUGCAGAAUUUACUCAAGGUGUCAUGACGCCAGAUGAAAUCGACCUUCUAGUUGAACAAGUUAAGAUGCUUGCUGGUGAGAUAGCUUUCAGUACGAGCACACUUAAGCGUUUGGUGGAUCAGUCCGUAAAUGAUCCGGAAAACUCACAAACUCAGAUACAGAAUCUGGAACGCGAGAUUCACGAAAAGCAAAGGCAAAUGAGAGCCUUGGAACAGCUCAUAAUUGAGAGUGGUGAAGCUUCAAUUGCCAACGCAUCAUUAGUUGAGAUGCAACAGAAAGUUAUGAGUCUGAUGACCCAAUGCAAUGAGAAGAGCUUUGAGCUGGAGAUCAAAUCAGCUGAUAAUUGCAUUCUCCAAGAACAAUUACAGAAAAAGUGUACCGAGAACAAAGAACUACAUGAAAAGGUGAAUCUUCUAGAGCAACGCUUGAAUGCAGUAUCUAGUGAGAAAUCCUCACCAUCUUGUUCCGAUAAAGCGGUAUCUGGAGAGUAUGCAGACGAACUAAAAAAGAAAAUACAAUCGCAGGAAAUUGAGAACGAAGAGUUGAAGCUAGAACACGUGCAAAUUGUGGAAGAGAACAGUGGGUUACGAGUACAAAAUCAAAAACUAGCUGAAGAAGCUUCAUAUGCUAAGGAGUUAGCCUCUGCUGCUGCUGUUGAGCUGAAAAAUCUUGCUAGCGAAGUAACAAAACUCUCACUACAAAACACAAAGCUAGAAAAAGAAUUAGCAGCUGCAAGAGACUUGGCUCAAACGCGUAAUCCCAUGAAUGGAGUAAAUCGCAAGUAUAAUGAUGGGGCAAGGUCAGGAAGAAAGGCAAGGAUUUCUUCAAGUAGGUCAAGUGGAGAUGAGUUUGACGCAUGGAAUCUAGACCCAGAAGAUCUUAAAAUGGAGUUGCAAGUAAGGAAACAGCGAGAGGUGGCUCUUGAGUCUGCAUUGGCAGAGAAAGAGUUUAUAGAAGAUGAAUACAGGAAAAAAGCAGAAGAGGCAAAGAGAAGAGAGGAAGCUUUAGAAAACGAUCUGGCAAACAUGUGGGUACUUGUUGCCAAGUUGAAGAAAGACAAUGGUGCAUUGCCUGAACCCAAUGGCACUGACCCUGGAAGAGAAUUAGAGAAGAGUCAAACCCAUGCGGUUCUGAAAGAGAGACAAGUCUCGAGUGCACCAAGACAACCUGAAGUAGUAGUAAUAGCUAAAAUCGAAGAGACACCAAAAGAGGAACCACUCGUUGCUCGUCUCAAGGCACGAAUGCAAGAAAUGAAAGAGAAAGAGAUGAAAUCGCAAGCGAAUGGAGACGCAAACUCUCACAUUUGUAAAGUAUGUUUUGAAUCUCCCACUGCGGCAAUUCUACUCCCUUGCCGUCAUUUCUGCUUAUGUAAAUCCUGUUCCCUUGCUUGUUCUGAAUGCCCAAUUUGCCGCACAAAGAUCUCUGAUCGGCUCUUUGCAUUUCCGUCUUAACCAAUCAAAAGGUCUCUAAGAACUGUGGGUGAAAGCCUGUUGCUAUAUAUUUUGAGGAGAGAACAGGUGUCUAAUCCAUUGCCAUUGAUUUGUAACUAAGUUUUUCUCAUAAGAAAUUUGUAAAGAACAU